CCAACUUCUUCACCCUUCAACAUAAUCCUUCACAAUCCAUCCAUCAUAGUACAGCCUCAUCAAUUUCAGUACCGGCCACAUAUCUAAAGAAUCGAUUCUCUACUCAUUUCGAGGAUUUCCUCUGCCACCGUUUUCCCUGUCACGCCCUUGCACGGUUUUCUCAAGCCGGAACGUCAACGAGGACCGUCACCCUUUGCAUGCAGCGACACCCUGUGAACGGCUCCCUACCCUUUCUCUGCGUGGUUUGAAAAUACCACACUGCAAGAAACAAUUUAAACACGGACUUGGCCACCUCUAUCUGCACUCUAACGAUACCGGGCUACGCCUUGAUCAACCGGGGCGAUAUGGCUGCACUGUUGAGCAUUGCCGCGGCGGACAAGAUCACCAAGACCGAGUUUGAAAGCCUUCUUGACCAGUAUCCCGAUAUCAUCAAAACCAUCUCCGAGUCUAAAGGCGCCAAGGAUGACCAGAAGACGCUACAGGAGCUGGACGGCUAUCGAUAUGAUGAGGCAUUGAGUAUGUUUUCCAUCGCCAAGUCACAGCGCUCAAUGGACCUCGACGACGUCAAGGUACUUGUUGAGUGGAAAUUGCGACAUGGAAAGUUCCGACCAACAUUGAUGAAGCUCGUUACAUCCAAUGACCCAGCCGUCGCCAAGGACAUUAUCCAACAGGCGCUAGAUGGCUACCGGAAAGAUUCCAAUGCCCAAGCGGCUCUCGACAUCCUGACGAAGCUCCGGGGCAUCGGCCCCGCAACCGCAUCUCUGCUAUUAACCGUCCAUGACCCAGAUCAGGUCAUUUUCUUCUCGGACGAGGCAUUCUACUGGCUGUGUUGCGAUGGAAAAAAGAGCCCCAUCAAGUACAACGCAAAAGAGUACCGUGCCUUGCGCGAUAGUGCGCAAGACUUAUCCAAGAGACUUGGCGUGUCUGCGACGGAUGUUGAGAAGGUCGCCUAUGUAAUCAUGAAGCAGCCAGAACAGUCACCGCAGCCGAAGCAACCACAACAGCCGAAGCAAUCACAGCGGCCGAAGCCAAAGAAAAAGGUAGCACCGGCAAAAGAGGUGAAGAAGAGCACAAAGACGUCAUCAAAUAAGCGGAAAACCGAUGAUGAGCCGAGUCAUACGGAGGAUAUUACUCCGACCACGACCCUGAGACGCCAUGGCCCAACGAGUAGCAUGUUCGCCGAAACUACAGAGCCUCUGCCUCUGCCUAAGCGGUUCGCCAAAGUGAAGGAGGGCCUGAUUGCUGGCAAGGAAACGCAGAUUACCGCGUCAUGGAGACGAUUGCUCGUCAAGUUGCAUGCCGAGAUUGAGGUCAUCGCAAGUGCCGGCCCCAGCAUAUUUCCCUCCAUUGCCUUUGCGGACCUCUCAGAUGCAGCCAUGGCGGAGGACUUCUCGUUGAAAAUGAAGGAACGAGGCGUCGCUGUCAUCCGAGGCGUCAUCCCCCGAGAUACAGCAAUGCAGUGGAAGUCGGCGACAGACUCAUACCUCGACGAGGAUCCCCGCGCCCGCCGUCUACCUACUCACGAUCCGCAUCUCUACGGAGUCUAUUGGUCGCCCUCACAGAUCAAAGCCCGCGCCCAUGACAACGUCCUCGCCGCCCAGCGCUUUCUCAUGAACCAGUGGCACUCGUCUGAUCCCGCCGCCCUCGUCACUCCCAACUUCCCCGUCAGCUAUGCCGACCGACUGCGUAUCAGGAGCCCAGACGACGAAACAUGCUCGCUGAGCGUCUACGUCGACGGCGGGAGUGUCGAACGCUGGGAAUCGGACGGGUACGGCGUGGGAGCGACGUAUCAACGCAUCUGGGACGGUGACUGGGAGGACUACGACCCGUGGGAUAGCAGUACGCGGCUCAAGGUGACGAGCGAUCUGUACAACGGCGAUGGUGUAUGUGCCCUGUUCCGCAUGUUCCAGGGCUGGCUCUCUUUCAGCGAUCUCCCAGUCGGCGAGGGCACACUCCUUCUCUGUCCCAUGAUCCGAUUGUCCACGGCCUACUUGCUUCUCCGUCCGUUCUUCUGUCCCGUCAACGCCUCGCCUCUGCAUCCAGACUUUCUCUCCCCCGAAAACUGGAAACUCGAGAAUCCCAUCUCAUCAGUCAUCCAGGGUGCCUUGCCCUCGUAUCCCCAGGAGCUCAACGUCGCCUUCCACCCACAUCUGCAGCUCUCACGCAGCAUGGUCCACAUCCCUCGCCUUGAGCCCGGCGACUACCUCGUCUGGCACUGCGACGCCGUCUACGCCCUCGACCGCCUCCGCCGCCCCGACCUCCCCGGGACAACCAUCAUGUACCUGCCGGCGUGUCCGCUGACGCAGACCAACGCCCUCUAUCUCGCCCGCCAGCGCAAGGCCUUUCUUCUGGGCCACCCGAGCCCGGAUUUUGGCGGCGUCUUUGGUGAGAGCGCUCGGACAGGGAACUCGGGUAUCCAGGAAGUUGGUGAGGCUGGUGGAGUCGAAGGGUUGCGCGCCAUGGGCCUGUUGCCAUGGGAUGAGGAUGAAGCAAGCGAUGACGCUGAGCAGGAGGUGUUAGAAGCAGCGAAUGGCAUCUUGUUUCCAGAAAAGUACGACUUGGGAUAUUACUAA